AUGCCGGAGCAGAUCACAGUAGCGGAGUUUGUAGCAGAGAGCAAUGAGGAUUACAAGUCGCCCACCGCCUCGAACUUCACCACCAGGAUGUCGCACUGUCGCAACACGGUGGCGUCGCUGGAGGAGGCCUUGGAUGUUGACCGUAGUGUUUUGUACAAGAUGAAGAAGUCUGUGAAGACCAUCUACACGUCUGGACUCGCUCACGUGGAAAACGAGGAGCAGUACACUCAGGCCCUGGAGAAGUUUGGGGAAAACUGUGUGUGCCGAGAAGAUCCCGACCUGGGCUCAGCCUUCCUCAAGUUCUCAGUCUUCACCAAAGAGCUCACAGCCCUCUUCAAAAACCUGUUUCAGAACAUGAACAACAUCAUCACCUUUCCUCUGGACAGCCUGCUCAAAGGAGACCUGAAGGGAGUGAAGGGGGACUUGAAAAAGCCUUUUGAUAAAGCCUGGAAGGACUAUGAGACCAAAGUAACAAAGAUUGAGAAGGAGAAAAAGGAGCACGCCCGGCAGCACGGGAUGAUCCGCACUGAGAUCAGCGGCGGUGAGAUUGCGGAGGAGAUGGAGAAGGAGAGGAGGUUUUUCCAGCUGCAGAUGUGUGAGUUCCUGCUUAAAGUCAAUGAGAUCAAGAUCAAGAAAGGAGUGGAUCUGCUGCAAAACCUCAUCAAGUACUUCCACGCGCAGUGCAAUUUCUUUCAGGAUGGUUUAAAGGCAGUGGACAACCUUAAGCCGUCAAUAGAGAAACUUGCCUCUGAUCUGCAUACGAUAAAGCAGGUGCAGGACGAGGAGCGGAAGCAGCUGACACAAUUGAGAGAUGUAUUGAAGACCGUUCUACAGGUGGAUCAGAAGGAGGAGUCCCAGGCGAGGCCCUCGACGACCUACAGCCUGCACCAGCCGCAGGGGAACAAGGAGCACGGCACCGAGCGGAGCGGCUGUCUGUACAAGAAGAGCGACGGGUUGCGAAAGGUUUGGCAGAAGAGAAAGUGCACUGCAAAAAAUGGAUUUCUCACCAUUUCACACGGAACUGCGAACAGACUGCCUGCAAAGCUCAACCUGCUGACCUGCCAGGUGAAGCACAAUCCAGAGGAAAAGAAGAGCUUCGACCUCAUCUCCCAUGACCGAACAUAUCACUUUCAGGCCGAGGAUGACCAGGACUGUCAGAUCUGGAUCUCUGUGCUGCAGAACAGUAAAGAGGAGGCUCUGAACCAGGCCUUCAGAGGGAACCAGCACAGCGGAGAGAACAACAUCGUACAGGAGCUGACCAGGGCCAUUCUGGCGGAGGUGAAGAGGAUGAGCGGGAACAGCGAGUGCUGCGACUGCGGGGCUCCUGACCCCACGUGGCUGUCCACAAACCUGGGCAUCCUCACCUGCAUCGAGUGCUCAGGGAUUCACCGGGAGCUGGGGGUCCACUUCUCCAGGAUCCAGUCUCUUACUCUGGACGUCCUCAGCACUUCAGAGCUCUUGCUGGCCAAGAAUGUGGGGAAUGCCAGCUUUAAUGAAAUCAUGGAGGCGGGUCUUUCUGCUCAAAGUGUGGUGAAGCCCAAUCCAGCCAGCGACAUGCAGACGAGGAAAGAUUUCAUUGUUGCUAAAUACACUGAGAAGCGGUUUGCGUCAAAGAGGUGUCCGGACGCUGGGUCCCGGCUGCAGGCUCUGUGUGAGGCUGUGAAGGGCCGGGACAUCUCCUCUCUGCUCCAGGUGUAUGCCGAGGGCGUGGAUCUGAUGGAGCCCAUUCCUCUGGCCAACGAACAUGAACCAGGAGAGACCGCUUUGCACUUGGCUGUGAGAUUGGUGGACAGAACUUCUCUUCACAUAGUGGAUUUCCUCACACAGAACAGUCUGAACCUGGAUAAGCAGACGACCAAAGGCAGCACCGCACUGCAUUACUGCUGCCUGACAGACAACAGCGAGUGUCUCAAACUGCUGCUCCGAGGGAAGGCGUCCAUUGACAUUGCCAAUGAAUCUGGGGAAACUCCUCUGGACAUUGCUCGCAGGCUCAAACACGUGCAGUGCGAGGAGCUGCUCGCUCAGGCUCUGGCGGGGAAGUUCCACGGUCACGUCCACGUGGAGUACGAGUGGUGUCUGCGCCACGAGGACAUGGACGAGAGCGACGAGGACCUGGACGAGAAACCCAGCCCCCUGCGCAGAGAGGAGCGCCCCGUUAGCUGCUACACCCCCACCUCCAGCAGUCGCGACGGCCUCAAGGACAAGCACAGAGCCUUCAUGGUCAACAACGAGACAUACGGCACUAUCCUGACCUCCAACACCCAGGCUGGGGGCCCCUGCACUGGCUCUGCCCCUCCACUGCCCCCAAGAAACCUGGUUCUGUUGCCCGGUUUAGGUGGCGCGGCUCCAACAUCAGCGUCCAACUGGAAACCCGGCUCUUUCGACAUGUGUGGGCGACAGAGGUCUUCGUCGGACCCCCCAAACAUGCACCCCCCCGCCCCUCCCAUCAGACUUAUCUCAGCAGGAGGGAUGAGUUCCUCUAUGUUGAAGUCAAAGUCUGGAUCAAGAGCAACUCCCCCUCGCUCGUCUGCGAGAUUUGACUUCAUGCGGGGAGCUGCUGCUCAAAAUGAAUCUCCUGAACAAAUGGCAAAGGAAGUUCCUGGCAGCUCUCUGAAUUCCAGUGGUCAGUGUGUGUCCCAGGGGCCGGCGCACAGAAAGACCCACACUAAGCAGAGGCCGAAGAGGGUCAAAGCCAUGUACAAGUGUGUGGCAGAUAACCCAGAUGAGCUGACGUUCUCUGAGGGCGAGGUGAUCGUGGUGGAUGGAGAGGAGGACCAGGAGUGGUGGCUGGGCCACAUCGAGGGAGACCCCACCAGGAGAGGAGCCUUCCCGGUCACAUUCGUCCACUACUUUGCAGACUGA